GGGGGGGUCGUCACUCACGACGACACGAGCGUGCGUUGUUGUGAUUUGCAGAUCGCGAUAGUCGGAGGCGCGUUCGCGGAGCACGCCACGCUGGCGUUCGACUGUGCCAUCCCGUCCCUUGCCCAUCGUUCGUCGAAUGGAACGAUAAAACGAGGACGGAGUGACGCAACAGACGCUCCUCGAACGCGCUCCUCGAGGUCUCAACGCCCCCGUCGAGCUUCACGAUCGAAUCGGAGUCGUGCGAAAGCGACGCGACUGAUUCGUUAGCCCGUCGACUUUGUCUCGCACGGCGUCCUUGUUUCCUUUUGCGUCGCUAUUAUCUGUUAUCUAACAGAUCGAGCGACGUGAACGCUUCGACGAGCGAAAAUGAAUACAAAGCGUUCCUUUUUUUCUAUUAUAAUACACAUGAUUAUAUAGCGACCUUAUUAAUUAAUAAAUAAAUAAAUGUAAUUGCGACAAAUGUGUAUAAAAAUAAACAGAAAUGUUUAAGUCAAGGUCUAAAGCUAAGGUCAAUCCUGAUGGAAAAGCACAGGCAUUUUAUUCUACUUCUGAAAAGCAAUUGUAUGCACUUUUCUCAGUCAGUAUCGAUAAUACAGUCUCAAGUCGGUGUUAUAAGAGGAGUGCAAGUACUUUAUAGCGACACUAAUCCGUUAGACGUAGAUCUAGUAAUAAAUUUACCUCACGACGGCAUACGGCUUAUAUUCGAUCCUGUUGUACAAAGGCUUAAGAUAAUUGAGAUUUAUAACAUGAAGUUAGUGAAAUUGAAAUAUUGCGGCUUGCCAUUCAAUUCGCCGGAAGUCUUACCCUCAAUCGAGCAGAUAGAGCAUUCGUUCGGCGCAACUCACCCUGGUGUUUAUGAUAGCGAAAAGCAGGUGUUUGUAUUGAAUUUUCGAGGACUGUCGUUUUACUUUCCAAUCGAUUCCAAAUUUCAACCUGGCUAUGCCCACGGACUAGGCUCGUUACAGUUUCCAAACGGAACCUCCCCUCUGGUCUCAAAAACGGCGAUUUACGUUGGAAAUAUGCCAGCCGGUGGUAGCAGCGAAGAACACGGUUCCAAGACACCGCCGCCACCCUUGCCACUUGUCUGUUACCAUAAUAACUUGUACUUGGAGAAAGCUGAUAUCAUUCGAGACAAGGCACGUACUCGAGGACUCAGAUUACAUCUUUUCACGGAGGGUAGUUCCGGAACGAGAGCAUUGCUGGAGCCAAAGAAGCGAUGUCUGACCAAAGAGGUAUUGUUCGGCGAUACUUGCGAGGAUGUUUUGAGCGCGCUUGGUGCCCCGUCUAGAGUGUUCUACAAAGCCGAGGAUAAGAUGCGCAUCCACAGUCCACAUGCGCACAAACGGGACAAAACAAGGCGCUCAGACUUCUUCUAUAAUUAUUUCACUUUAGGUUUGGAUAUCCUGUUCAACGCUAAGACCCAAUGUAUAAAGAAGUUCGUACUUCACACGAAUUAUCCGGGACAUUAUAACUUCAACAUGUACCACCGCUGUGAAUUUUCUCUGACUCUGCCCCCUGAAAAUAAUUCCACGGAAUCGGGAAAGUUGAUCGACGUUUCCCCUUCUCCUGUCACAAUCACUGCCUAUACGAAAUGGGAUAGAGUGAGCGAGCAAUUGAAGGCAAGCGUGCGACCCGUAGUUUUGAAUCGUGCGUCUUCAACGAACACCACCAACCCAUUCGGCUGUACGUUUUGUUACGGCAUACGAGACGCGAUUGUCGAAGUUAUGGCGAAUCAACAUAUCGCAAGUGUAACUCUGUAUAGAACCGCGUGACGUCGAUAAUUCGGCACGAUGCGAGGCAUUACGUAGCGUGAUUCAUGACGAACAGUUGUGGGAUGAGAAAUUAGCCGUUUAGCUAACUUUCGGAGGUCUCAAGUUCAAUUCGCCGGUUGAAAGACGAGAUGUGACGUGAACGAGGCGUAGAGCGCUCUAUCGGGAAGCUUUGUUUUUUUUUUCUUAAUAUGUAACCAAUUAUUUUAGACUACAAGAAUGAUAAGUAAGUGUUACGUAAAGUGUGAAUAUUAAGACGACUAAGACAAUGACCGUAUAAGAUAAACAUAUAAAAAAUUCAAAAAAAUAUAUGGAAAGUAAAAAAAAAUAUAUCACUUUGACAGUUCGUGCGAUUACGUACGCGUCAAACGUUACAGUUUCUCUUCAAGCCUUGUCUCGCAGCUAUGGAUACUUGGAUCAAUUUAAAGUCGAUAUUAUCUUAACAAGAGUUUUCGGUAGUUACCUUCUCUCUCUCUCUCUCUCUCUCUCUUAAUUUUUUUUUUAAUAACGUCUUAAUUUUUCACAUUAAUCUUUACGCAACGUUAGAAUUAGCUGGCAGACGUACAGCUAUCGCUGUAACGCAACAAAACGCUGCUCUAUUCUUAAGAAUACUAUCCUUUUUCUACAUGUAGCGAUAAAAGGUAUAAUUUUACCGUAUUUACAUAAGUUAACAUAUCUGUACAAAUAAUCGUAUGUAAGUUCGAUUAAUUCUAAGGAAUACGCGGAGAAAAAAAAAUUUAUGAUAUUAAAAACUUCAGUAGUAAGCUCUUUGAAGAUAAUUUUCGACGAGACAUUAUAGUGGGACCUCCGUAAUAAACGUGCAUACAGCGAAAACCACUAUAGUGAAUCGCUGGUAAGGAAGAUUAAAUAUAUCUAAGCGUAAAAAUUAAAAUUCUUAUAAUUAUAUAAAGAUAAAACGUUCAUUUAGCUUUAAAACUCGAACAAUAAUCGAGAUUUUUCAUUUAUACACCUCGAUGUCUUCUUAUUUUUGUUAAGAAAACAUUGACUCUGUAUCAUUCAAAGAAUCUGUAGCUGGAAGAAAGGCGACAUUACUUCGAGACACGUUAAACUUUGUCUUAUGAUUUGUCUUAUGAUUAAGAAACUGAUAUAUAAUGUCGAUAUAUAUUAUUAUAUUAUUAAAAGAUAUGAGGACACUAGCAAUUUCGUCUAAUAGUGAUAUUUAAUUACUUUUAUUUGGGACGCCACAGCGGCACGUCUCCUAAUUUAAUUCUCUCAUCUUUUGUCAUAAUUAUACAAUUAUAACAAUUAAUAAGGCAAACAAUUAUAAUGGAAAUUAUUAGUAUCCGCAAAAAGUAUUUUAACUCGAUAAUUAUGAAGAAAAAAAAAUGAUGGGAAAUACCAUAUAAAUUUUUAUAGGGGCGAUAUAAUCUUUAUAAUCAAUUAUAAGGAUUGUUAUUAAUAAUCUUGACAUAUAAUAUUAUCCUUAGAUGAGAUAAGAAAGUCGACUCUCAAUUUUCGUAUAAAUGACAAAUUUUUUUAAUGUGGGUGUGAAAAAAAAUGUGUGAAAUUGGCGGAGAAAACCAAAAUUACGUAUAUCAUGGUUAUAUCGUGUUCUCUUUCAUUAUAAGAUUGCAGAUUUCUCACCCAGCACAAAAAUGUCAUCUGAGUGACGAGAAAAUUAGAAAUUAUAACAUUGUGUAACAUAAAUAAAAGUAUUUGUUGUAUC